AGGGAGGAGGGAGGAGGAGGGAGGGCGGCGAUGGACGCCCUGGAGGCCCUGCUGGACGAGGUGUCCCUGGAGGGCCUGGCGGGGCUGUCGCUGCCGGCGCUGUGGCGGCGACUGGAGGCCCGCCUGCCGCCCUUCCCGCUGCCGCUCGAGCCGCACACGCACGAGUUCCUCUGGCGCGCGCUCUGCGCCCACCCGCACCUCGCCUUCUUCGCCGAGCCCCGAGACCGGCCCCCGCUCCUCCUCCACGACCGGUAUGAAGAGAUAGAUCUGGAAACGGGAAUCCUCGAGUCAAGGCGAGAUCCGGUCCCGCCGGAGGACGUCUACCCCGUCUGUAUGAUAUUAGACCAUAAGGACGGCAUACAGGGCUCUUGCCAGUAUUUCAACGAGAGGGUAGACAUUACCGAUCAGAUAAGGACGGCGUCUCUGCAGCCCACCUGUACCGUCACCGAAGCUUUCGAAAGGUGGGGGAAGAAAAUGGUCAUUGUUGCCUCACAGGAGAUGCGAUACAGGGCUCUGAUAGGAUUGGAAGGGGAUCCUGAUUUAAAGCUGCCGGACUUUUCCUACUGCAUUUUGGAGCGGUUAGGCCGAGCGAGGUGGCAAGGAGAACUCCAGAGGGACCUCCACAAUGGCGCUUUCAAAGUCGACGCUGGGAAAUUGCACUAUCACAGAAAAGUACUGAACAAAAAUAAGCUCAUCACAAUGCAGUCGCACGUGAUCCGGCUCCCAUCUGGAGCUCAGCAGCACUCCAUCCUCCUGCUUUUGAACCGGUUUCACGUUGACAGAAGGAGUAAAUAUGACAUCUUAAUGGAGAAGUUGACCACCAUGCUGAGCACUCGAACUCAUCAGAUGGAUACCCUAGGAGCCCUGCGGGAAGAACUGGGUCUCUGUGAAAGAACGUUUAAGCGCCUGUAUCAGUACAUGCUUAAUGGCAGUCUGGCCAAAGUGGUGUCUAUCCCACUGCAAGACGUUCAUCCUGAUGGGGGACCUUGCAAGACAAAGAAGGGAACUGACGUUAUGGUUCGGUGCCUCAAGCUCAUGAAGGACUUCAAACGGAAGGUAGAAGAUGACCAUGAUCAGGAUGAAGAGGAUGAAGAAGAGAUGGUGGCCAAAACGGUCCAACCAGUGGAUGUUGUGUAUGAGAGAGACAUGCUGACCCAGGCUUAUGAGCUAAUUGAAAGCAGAGGCACGAAAGGAAUUUCCCAGGCCGAAAUGCGCAUGGCUAUGAACGUGGGAAAGCUGGAAGCCCGGAUGCUCUGUCGUCUUCUUGAGCGAUACAAAGUCGUCAAGGGCUUCAUGGAAGACGAAGGUCGGCAACGCACAACGAAGUACAUUUCCCACGUCUUUGCCGAAGAGAGCUUUUUAAGCCAGGAGUACGAGAGGGAGAAAGCGCGGAGCGAGCACUUGGCUACAGUGAGCUUGGCUCCGGUGCAUGAAGAAUCCCUUCCUCUGGGCGGAGAGGAAGGCUUCCUCUCUGAGUCUGACAACGAGGAAGAGCACAGCACUAGUAGUAAAAGAAGAGGAAAAGGACCACAGGGUGAGACCGAGUCACUGGUGAGAUUCGGUUUCAGGGAUGAGGCGCAGCAGUCGACUCCAACGAAAGCCGGAGGUAAAUUCUUAGGCCUGCACUCGAUGAAGAUGAAGAAGCCCCUCUCUGUGGACGUGAUCGACGACGUCGACGAGCUCUCCGGGGAGUCGGCGGAUGUCGACAGCAGUUUGGAUGCCGCUCAGAUAGAUGGCAACAGCUCUCUCGGCCCACACGUCGCGGAAGAAGACGGGGACGUGGCCUUGAUCGAAGAGGUCAAGCUUGACGAUCCAAAGGAGAACAGAGCUCUCCAGAAGAAGAAGAAGGGGAAAGGUCGCAGGUGUACGGCCCUGGAGAGAUCGCACGAGACGUACCGGCUGCUGAAACGCCGAAAUAUGAUCGUCGAGGCCGUCCGCAACCUCCGCUUAAUCGAGAGCUUGUUCACGCUUCAGAAAAUGAUUAUGGAUCAAGAGAAGCAGGAAGGUAUAUCCACUAAGUGCUGCAAAAAGUCCAUCGUUCGCUUAGUUCAGAAAUUGUCUCAAGAGGGACUCCUGAGGCUCUAUCGCACCACAGUCAUUCAAGAUGGCAUCAGUAAGAAGGUGGAGUUUGUAGUUCAUCCGUCAAUCAGUCCCAGCGAUCCUCUUGUGAAAAGUGCCAUUGAGCAAGUUCGUUUCCGGAUCUCCAAUUCCAGCACAGUAACCAGGAUUAAACCACACCAGGCUCCAGGGGCCCAAGGAGAGGUAGGUGAAGAGAACGAAGAAAAAGCCAACUUGGUAACAGGAGAAGCCAGCACGACCACUCCCUCCAAAUUGGAGAGUAGCAGCCGAACGAAAAAAACAGAUGAGAAAAUGGGCAUAACACAGCUUAAAAAUUAUAACCCAGUUAUAGUUCCAGGACUUGGGCGCUCUCUUGGAUUCCUUCCUAAAAUGCCUCGUCUCCGGAUGGUCCACGUGUUUCUGUGGUAUCUGGUCUACGGGCAUCCUUCGAAGGAGGAGUUGAAAGAGGGUGAAAGAAGGAGCAGUAGACAGGAACCCAACCCCGAUGCGGGCCAAGCGCAGACCCUCCCUUCCGGACCGGGGGAUUCAGAGGCUCCCCCGGACGCCGUCUCCAGAGAGAAUCCAGAAGGCUCUGCCUGGGAGGCGGAAGUGGAGCUCUCCACUGAAAGAGUCUAUAAGGAUGAAGCCUCGUGGAUGCGUUUCGUUCCGCCUGUUCCGGUUCACCGAGAUUUUGGCUACGGCUGGGCUCUUGUGAGUGAUAUUCUCCUCUGUCUGCCGCUCUCCGUCUUCAUCCAGGUAGUGCAAGUCAGCUACAAGGUGGACGGUCUUGAAGAGUUUUUAAACGAUCCGUUGAAGAAGCACACGUUGAUCAGGUUUCUCCCCAGAUCAAUCCGACAACAGCUUCUCUACAAGAGGCGGUACAUUUUUUCAGUAGUGGAGAAUCUGCAGAGACUGUGCUACAUGGGACUGGUGCAGUUCGGGCCUACGGAAAAAUUUCAGGAUAAGGAUCAGGUCUUCAUAUACGUGAAGAAGAAUGCAGUGAUCAUUGACACCACUAUCUGUGACCCCCAUUACAACCUGGCACAGAGUAGCAGGCCGUUCGAGAGCCGCCUGUAUAUUCUGAAUACCAUGCAAGAUGUAGAAAACUAUUGGUUUGACCUACAGUGCGUCUGCCUCAAUACGCCACUGGGAGUGGUCCGUUACCCUCGGGCCAGAAGAAGCAGCUCUCAGGAUCCAAGCCACGGGACCAGCGACAUGGACGCCGCCGACGUGGAGGAGGAGAACGCGAUCGACAAACACAACCUGGAGCGCAAGUGUGCGAUGAUGGAGUACAUCACUGGGAGUCGAGAGGUGGUGGACGAUGGCUCUAUUCCCGGUGAUGGAUUGGGAUCAGCCGGUUUAGAUUCCAGUUUCUACGCCCACUUAAAACGCAACUGGAUCUGGACCAGCUACAUCAUAAACAAGACAAGAAAAGAGACUCCGGUGUCCGAAAAUGGCCUCACCGUAAGGCUGCAGACUUUCUUAUCCAAACGCCCCAUGACAUUCGGUGCCGGAGGUAACAGGAUAAACAUUAUGGGAGAUGCAAGACCAGCAUCCGAACUCUGUGCUGAGAGGGAAGAGCAGUUUGAGUUAGGCAAAGAAGUAACACAAGACCGAAACAGGAGAGUGCGGGGUGGUAAAAACCAGAAGCGCAAGAGGCUCAAAAAGGAUCCUGGAAAGAAGGCAAAGAGGAGGAAAAGGGGCGAGCGGCAGGAAGGGAAGGCCAAACGGGGUCGCUACCAUGACGAGGCCGACCAGAGCGCCCUGCAGAGGAUGACACGCUUGCGGGUGACCUGGACCAUGCAGGAAGAUGGGCUGCUGCUGCUUUGCCGGAUUGCCAGCAACAUUCUGAACACGAAGGUGAAGGGCCCAUUCGUACCCUGGCAAAUCGUCCGGGAUAUCUUGCAUGCCACCUUCGAGGAGUCGUUGGAUAAAACGUCUCAUUCUGUUGGACGGCGAGCUCGCUAUAUAGUCAAAAAUCCACAAACCUACCUCAAUUAUAAAGUUUGCUUGGCUGAGGUAUACCAGGAUAAAGCUCUUCUUGAAGACUUCAUAAACCGAAAACUCAACUACCAGGACCCAAAGAUUUGUGCUGAAGAAUUUAAAGAAUUUGUGGAGAAGCUCAAAGAGAAGUUCAGUUCCACCCUGGGGAAUCCUAAUCUUGAAAUCCCGGACACGCUUCAGGAGCUGUUUGGCAGGUACCGCGUUAUAGCGAUUGGAGAUGAAAAAAAUCAAAACCGGAAGGAAGAUACCCUCAAUAGUGUGGAUGAUAUUCACUUUCUGGUCCUCCAAAAUCUGAUUCAGAGCACUCUGGCCCUCUCAGACAGUCAGAUGAAAUCUUGCCAGUCAUUUCAGACUUUCCGUCUGUACCGGGAAUAUCAGGACCACAUUCUUGUUAAGGCCUUCCUAGAAUGUCAGAAGAGGAGUCUGGUGAACCGCCGCCGAGUAAACCACUUCCUGGGUCCGAAAAAGAACAGGGCCUUACCUUUUGUGCCAAUGUCCUAUCAGCUGUCACAGACCUACUACAGGAUUUUUACCUGGCGGUUUCCCACUACCAUCUGCACGGAAUCCUACCAGUUCCUCGAGAAGGUCAAGGCCGCCGGCAAGUCAGACCGACCGGAUAACUUUUCAUUCAAGGACCAGGAGGGCGCCGGCCCAGCCAGCGACCUGGUGGCAUUUUCUUUGGACGGACCCGGCGGCCACUGUGGGGCCAUUCUAAGCCUCUUCUCCAUGGGGCUGGUGUCAGUGGAUGUGAGGAUCCCGGAGCAGAUAGUCGUGGUGGACAGCUCAAUGGUGGAGAAUGAAGUCAUCAAAAACUUGGAGAAGGAAGGAGGACUGGAUGAGGACGACGAAGAAGAAGACGAAGACUUGGAUGAAGGGACUGGAAGCAAGCGCAGAAUUGAGGUAAAAGCGCGACAGGCUUCCCACACCAACUAUCUACUGAUGAGGGGCUACUACGCCCCUGGGAUCGUCAAUACCCGCAACCUGAACCCCAACGACAACAUCGUGGUGAACUCCUGCCAAGUGAGGAUCAGACUGCGGUGCACCCCAGUACCCGAGCGCAUCACAAACCCAGUUUCUUCAGUGAUUGAUGAAUUGACACCUGGAGUAUCCUGCCUCCCUGACACAUUCACCAGGAUGAUAAAUGUCCAGGAAGACGCCUGCAGUUUAGAUGAGUUUGUCCAACGGGUGGAGGGUUAUGGGUACGAACCAAAGGAUGUAGCUGCAAUCUUGGAGAUCCGGGGGGCCAUCAGGAAUGCCUCCUCCUUCGGAGUGGAUAAGGUGGACCUGAGCAGGAAGUUCUCCAACUACGAGGAGACCAGCUGUGAUCGUACACGGACCUUCAUGGAAUACAUUCAGGACCUCCUGAAAUGGCACCAAGUGUUGGAAGUCGGCGGAGACACGGUCCGCCUCGUAGCCCUGGAGAACGCCCAGCCCUGGCUCUUACACUCGGUGCAAUUGAGGAACAAAGUGGAAGGAGCCGAGCCUCACGGAGAGGAGCCCCUCGAGCCCGCCCCACAAUCGCAGCCGGGAAGCCAAGAGGAGCCUUCGAAGGAUGAGAGCCAGGCCGAAGGAGCGGCACGGUCCAGCGGAGGCCGGAAGACCCCGCGGGACGGUGAGCCCCGUCACACCGCUGCCUGCCGGGGCGGGGAGGGCGACUCAGAAGGGCUGAACGAGCCCCCUGCAAAGAGAGCGGUUCUUGAAGACAUUCGCCGGGGCCGUUUUCUCCGGCCCGCUCAAGAGGAGGAGACAUUUGUUGCUGGGGGCGGGGCGAGUCACCCAGCUUCUCCCGCGGGAUCUCCCGGAGGGCCUCCGGGAAAAGAGCCGGAGGAUGCUGCUUUGGAACUCACGGUGCCCGACGCUCAGGCGGAGCCAGUUGAAAGUGACCUUCCCGCGGAAAGAGGGGAGGCCGAGAACUGCCACCCGGAAGCUGGCGGGCUGGAAAGCCUCGCCGGGGAAUCUCAGGCCCCAGAGGGACGCGAAGAACCUAUAGAGAGUUCCGCUGCCGGCAACGUAUCCCAGGCCAGCCGAGAAAGGAACUGCGAGGACGUCCGCUUCGUCGGCAGGCCCUGGCGAAUCGUCGACGGCAAUUUGAACAAGCCGGUGUGCAAGGGGAUGAUGGAAGCCGUGCUCUACCACAUCAUGACCAAGCCCGGCAUCCCGGAGUCCACCUUGCUUCAGCAUUACCGGGGAGUCCUGCAGCCCAUCGCCGUUUUGGAAAUCCUCCAGGGUCUGGAAGCCCUUGGCUGCAUCAGAAAGUUCUGGUUGAAGAAGCCUUCCGCCGUCUCCCUCUUCUCCAAGCCCAAGAUGGAAGAGGAGAUCACCCGUCCCCGGCUGAGCGAGGCCCCGACUGCGUUUUACGAGCCCUCCAUAGACUGCACGCUGCGGCUGGGCCGGGUUUUCCCGCACGAAGUGAACUGGAACAAAUGGGUUCAGGUGAUCCACGUAUAGGGAAGGGUUGUUUUGGUCCCCCCCCCCCCCCCCGCCCGAAGCCGGAGGCUGUUCUCUACCCUGUCCGGUCUGAGGGAGUAGCGGUUCGACAACGGUGGAUUUUCCAACUGCGAAUGAUAGUUCGGCUCACUCACCUGCCCGCUCCUCCCCACCCCCCCCCGGGAGCCUAGCCAAGAGAAUUUGGCAGUUAAGGUGUGUUUUGGGGCUGGAGUGAUUGGCACCUGCAGAUUUCAGUUUUGUCCUUUUUCUGUGGUGUUGGAUGAGCUCUGGUCAGCGAGCCGUUGAACUGAGCAAAAUCAUGCCCGUAACGAGAUGUGCAUCUCCUUGAGAGACGGCCAGGAGCAACCUGGAAGCCAAGCUUCAGGCGGAAGAGGUGGGGCAAGUGACCUAAGCUGCCGAGAAAGAAAUGUCCCCCCUCCUUCCGCCGCUGCCCGCAGAUACUAAUUCUUCUCCUAAGGCCGCGAAAGAUGCCGGCAGUCCAGGUUUUGAGAGCGGGAAUUAGCACAGCGGCUUCCUUGAGCGUAGAGUCCGGGUGUCCCCGGAGGCGUCUCAGAGGGAGAAGGGCAGCUGGAGAGGGCCUUCUCCAGCCCUCCUUCAGCCAAGCCCGAUCCAGCCGCGCAAAGAUGGAGCUUCGCGUUUCUUACCCCAUGUGUAUGGUUCGUUUCCGCUGGACACCGAGCGGUAACUACCAUGGGACCUAGCUUUUAAGAUGAGUUCGAGCGUUAGAGGAUACUACCAUCACCUGUUUUUGUGUUCUGGGAGGUUGUGUACAUAAGUUCAUUAACUUUAUAAGCUCUCACUGCAGGUGGGUUUUUUCAAAAACUUGUGUGGCAUUAAAGAAGUGGAUACCACUGC